GCCGGAUUUGACAGAACCCUCGCUACGUGUAGCCAGACUGAGCACAGGUGUCUCGUGCGAAAGCCGACAUGGGGGAGCUCAACGUGGCCGGCUUGGCAACUAUGCUGGUGUUGUACGUGGUCAUAUUUUUUGUCGGCCUGCUGGGCGCCCGCAAGAAAAGGCAGCAAUCCAAGGAGGUCACCGACGCUUCCAACAGCCGACUGCUCAUGAAUGGGGGCCGCAGAUUAGGGCUCGUCAUCAGCACCUUCACAAUCGUUGCCACGUGGGUAGACGGCGGCUUUUUGAACGGUACCGUGGAGGUAAUCACAUCACGGGGCCUGGUGUGGUGCCAAGCGGUGUUCGGCUACUCGCUCAGUUUACUUAUGGGUGGCCUGAUCAUCGCUGGCCCCGUGUGGCGGGCGGGCUACGUGACCAUGAUGGACCCCCUGCAGGAGACGUUCGGUGUCACCAUGUCCAGUCUACUGUUCCUGCCUGCGCUCAUUGGAGAAGUCUGCUGGUGCGGGUCCAUCCUAGGCGCACUUGGCAGCACAGUUAGUGUGGUGACAGGGCUAGAUAACCAUGUGUCCGUGGGCGUGUCAGCAGUCGUGGCCGUGCUGUACACUGUCACUGGCGGCGUCUACUCGGUCGCCUACACUGACGUUGUCCAGCUGUCAUUCAUGUUCAUCGGACUCUGGAUCUGCGUGCCGUUUAUAUUUCUAAACAAGCACAUGGACCCUAUCUUGUCCCUGCCUAAGGAUGAACUGCUGGGCUCUGUGGCCACGAACGAGAUACCCAGCUACGUGGACACUAUGCUUCUGCUCACCUUCGGUGGCAUACCGUGGCAGGACUACUUCCAGAGGAUAUUGUCGACCAAGAGUGAAUUCCGCGCCAAGGCUCUGUCGUUUGUGGGCUUCGUGGGCACAUUACUCAUGGCAGUUCCGCCUGUGCUUAUAGGUGUUGCAUCCAAAGCAACAAGGUGGAACGAGACGACGUUCCCAAGCGGUGAAGAUCCGACUGACGACGAACACGCGCCCAUGAUGCUGUCCCUGGCGCUGCAGUACCUCACCCCAACUGCGGUCUCGUGUUUGGGACUGGGUGUGGUGGCGGCAGCCAUCAUGUCUUCUGCCGACUCGUGCCUGCUCAGCUGCGGUUCCAUUGCUGCCAGGAAUAUAUACGUACCUCUAAUUAGGCCACAGGCCUCGGACACCGAGGUGGUGUGGGUCCUGCGGCUGUGCGUGGUCGCCGUGGCCGCCGCAUCGGCCGUCAUGGCCAUCGUGGUACGAUCGGUGUAUGACCUGUGGGCGCUGAGUGCUGACCUGGUGUACGUGGUUCUGCUGCCCCAACUUCUCGCCGCCGUGUUCUUGGGCCGGCGGUGGUGUAACGUGGUUGGAUCGGUGACCGCCUUCUCCCUGGGCCUGGUGCUGCGUGUGCUGGGCGGAGAGCCUGUGCUAGGCAUCCCGGCCAUCAUGCACUACCCUCUCUACGACGGAAGCCGGCAGCUGUUCCCUUUCAAGACGGUCACUAUGCUCUUGUCCGGCAUCACGCUACUCGCUGUGUCCCGAGUGGCCGAUUGGGUCACCGGAUCCAAGCCCGCCGCUCGCCUCGAGACCCCGCCAUCACUGGCGUGCGAAGUGCCUAAACGCCCGCCGCUCACUUCUUACGACUUGUGGAAAUAGCAUAGCCAUUUACUGUGGCGCAUAGCCAGUUCAACAUUCCUUCAUUUCGUACUGACACUACCAUAAACAGUACCACAGGCUUUUAGUGCUGAAAAUUGACAAACUCCAGCAAAACGCGCGUUGCUUUCUACACUGGUGCCGCAUAUCUGACGAUCCUUGCCUCUUGGAAUUCCCGGAGAGGAAGGCGCUGGAAGUCGUACCAAGAAAAACAGUAGCUGUUUACUGUGUCUUCUUCACACUGACACACGUCGCUUGUAAUUGCGAUGGGCACAUCUUCAAGUACAUGCAUCCAUUGAUUGCUCUACUUUUAUUAUGUUUGUUUUUUCUGAGCCAAACAAAAGUGCGUGUAAUUGGU